AUGGGUAACUAUGAAUCAAAGAAAAGAACUCGACCCUGUCUAUCCUGUAAGCGUCAGAAACUGAAAUGCCAAUAUGAUAAGUCUUUACCCUGCGAGCGAUGUACCAAGCACGGUCUGGACUGCUACUUUCCUCCCAAUCCAAAAGAGAAGGUAUAUACAAAUGACCAGCCGAAUGUUGAAUCUACUCACCUCCAGGGACAUGUCCAACCAAAACCCAAACCACUGACCGAUGUCCCAAAUAUGAUAAACUCCAUGAUCCGACCUUAUAUUCAUCAGACAGAGCAAUCUACAGCGCCAGCUGUCGGUAUUCCAUCAUCUUCUCUGCCUGCAGAGGAGAAACCGUGGCUUUAUUCUGUCGAACAAAGGCUGGACGUCCUGCAGAAGGCUUUAGAAUCUGUUCUAGGAAUAUUCCAGCACAACCAGGUUCAACAUGAACAGCAGGUAAAUCUUCUGCAGGCUCAAGUGCGCCGCCAUGCUCAUGCCAAUACCGGAUCGCCUUCAUCGGGGCCUGUAGCAGAGGUCAGCUUGCCGUCUCUGAGCCAGAUUAUCGGAGAGAGUGGUAACUUGGAGCAAGUGACGGACUUUCGUAAGAAUAAGAUACUUAGCAGUGAUGAGGCGGCUCAACUACUGGAAAUCUUUUGUACAAAGAUGUCGGCUCAUAUGUUUGGUUACAACCUCAAGGAGCUGACGGUGCAAAAGCUCUGGAACGAAUCGCCGCUGUUGCUGGUUGCAAUAUGUACAGUUGCCUGUCCUCAUCACCAGGCACUUUGUUCCAAGAAAGCUCUGCUUCAAAAGAGUCUACAGUGGUUUUCGUCAAGGCUUGUCAAUGGCAGUGACAUACUCGACGACGAGGUAUGUGUUGAACGCGCCAUACUAGGUCUGGUAAUUGCAUCGCUAUGGCUCGAGUCCAAUCAGCUAUAUAUGUCAAUUGCUGUGCAAUUGGCCCGGAAAUGGCGACUUGAUCAGCGCAUUGGCGGAGGUGAGAAAGGCGAAUUGUGGAAGUUGUGGUACCUUCUUUACAUCGCUGACGGCUCUUUGAAUCUGACAAUGCGGAAGAGUCCAUCGAUAUAUAAACAGGUUGAACCCGCGAUAACGUCUGUUAGGGAAACGUUACUGGCCCAUGUCGAAGACCAAAAUUUGAAAGACGUUUUACGAGAGAAUGAGAUCAUAGACGAAGGCCUUACAAAAGAGCAGCUCCUGUCACUGAACGAAGUAGAUCACUCAAAGAUCAAGGUCAGCUUUCAUGCCUUGCAAAACAUGCAUCUUUGCGCUCUGGUCGAGUAUCACGCAGCGAUUGAGUCGCUCUUUCACAAUACAAAUCACGGCAGUGUGAGAGCUAUGUCUAGUCUCUUAAAACCUCAUGCUUUUGGCAUUCCGUGGGAAACAAACAUGGACCUAGAUAGAUGGAUGAUUUCAUGGACGAUCGCUCUGCAAAGUAUUGAUGUUCAGAAUGAUGCAUGGUGUCUCAAAUCAACAUUACUGUACUACAAUUUUGCCAGAAUGCAUAUAAAUACCAGAUGGCUAUUAGACAGAGAGGUAUCACUGGAAGAUUCCAGUUGGAUGCAGGUAUGGAGAAAUGCUUCUCAGCUGCCAGAACGCUCGACGCUUGAUACGGCCUCCCAUGAGGUAUCAUAUUCAGCGGCCUACUCUUUACUGAAAUUGGCUACUAAAGAUAAGGAUAUGAGGUCAUUAUUCCAAUUCUUCCCCAACCACAUCUAUUUGAUAUUACUCUACGCAUGCAUGAUCGUGCUAGAGCCUCCCAAUUCUCUCGAUUGCACAGACGCUGCAGUCAUCAAGAAGCUAAAACAAAGCUUCAAGCUUGCACAAACCUACAGAGACAUGCUAAUAUCGCAUACAGCGACAGACUCAGUUCUCACUGGUAAGAUUGCUGAUUCCAUUAAAACGUUGAUGAUUAAUUUCAUCAAUGUCUGCGCUGAACGAAGGAAGAAAUCAAGCUCAAGAGACCAGAAAAUAGAGGAGAUCAUCCAGGAUUCAAGUGACCCGUCGCUUCCAGGUCGUACUAAAAAGACCAUUUCAGCAUGGCCCAGUGUCAAUCAUGGACAUCCAUAA